AGCUGUGCUGUGAAAUAAAAGCCCUCUGCUUACAACAAACCUUUGUUUGACUUUGCACAAGUUCACUUCAGCCAAAUCAAAUUCAAAGGUGUUUGAAGUCCCAGAGACUUCCUGGGCUGAGGUCUCCAGUUGAGGGUAGGAAGCUGUACCACCUCCCACAGCCCCUGAAUAGCACUGCCAUUGGUCAGGGUCUAACAGCUGUGGCUCUGCAAUCGGAGUAACUCCAUCCCACUUGAGAGCCUGGCAGCUAAAGGAAAGAAAGCAGAAUGCAGCCUUUUGUAAAUAUUUUCCUGGGAUUGUUCCUCUUGGGGCCUCUUGGAGCUGUGCCUCUCACUGACACUGGGAUUUAUGAUUCUGACUUCUAUGACCUGCUGCUCGGAGAGCUCUCUCACCCGUUUGACUACGACGAGAGCAAGCAGUCUGACCAACUGGAGACAGAGAUUGGGACAGCACUGCCAGCUCUAGUUCAAGAGAGUUAUUCUUCUGCACCCCUGAUAGAAGAGCCUGAGGAGGAAGCAUCGACGCCGAAAUUAAUUGACGGGGCUUCAGCACAAGGGUCUGGGGUUCUAGGACCCCAAACUCAAGAUGGUCUUCCUACUUGCCUUUUGUGCACGUGCCUGGGGACCACAGUCUACUGUGAUGACCACGAGCUGAUUGCUGUCCCACCACUGCCUAAGAGAACCGCCUACUUCUACUCCCGCUACAACAGGAUCAGGAAGAUCAACAGGAAUGACUUUGCUCACCUAAAUAACUUAAAGAGGAUUGACUUGACUGCAAACUUUAUAUCAGAGAUCCAUGAAGAUGCCUUCUGGAGACUGCCCCAACUUGAGGAGCUGGUGCUUCGUGACAACAGGAUCAGGCAACUGCCCGAGUUACCACCCACCUUGACAUUCAUUGAUGUCAGCAAGAACAGGCUUGGUCGCAAAGGAAUCCCUAAUGAGGCAUUUAAAGAUCUGCAGCAUCUGCAGCAUCUUUACAUUGCUGACAAUAACCUGGACCACAUUCCAUUGCCACUCCCUGAAAGCCUCCAAGCUCUGCAUCUUCAGAACAACAACAUUCAAGAAAUGCAUGAAGACACCUUCUGCAAGAUGAAAGACCUGACUUACGUACGUCGGGCUCUCGAGGACAUCAGGCUGGAUGGCAACCCCAUCAACCUGAGCAGAACCCCCUAUGCCUACAUGUGCCUCCCCCGCCUGCCAGUGGGUAACCUCAUCUAAGCUUCCUCUGGAGCCAACACUGAAGCCCUACACU